UCAAAUUUCUUCUUUAAAAUUUAAUGAAACCAGGUCAAAGGCUAACCAGUAUUUUUUUAUAAUCUGUCUCUGCACUGAAAUAGAAUGAUCAAGAAGGUUCUAGGACUAUGGAUGAUGAUGACUUCAUAGAUGAUAGUGGUGUUGACCCUGCAGAUAGAUAUGGGAGUGACAAUGAAGCAAGGUCUCCUGGUGCUGCCCCUCAGACAGAGGAAGAUGAUGAGGAUCCAGAGAUUAAGGAUUUAUUUAAGACGGAUAAAAAAGGAAGAAGAAUGAUAAAAGUCCAGCAGAAAUUGCAUUGCUAGUUGAGAGUCUCAUGGCUGAGCUUGAGGUAACUGCUGAAGAAGACGCGGAGCUUAAUAGACAAGGGAAGCCUGCAACUAAUAAACUCAAGAAAUUACCACUUCUCACUGAGGUUCUCUCAAAGAAGCAGCUUCAACCAGAAUUCUUAUACCAUGGUGUUUUAACCUUGUUGAAAAAUUGGCUUGAACCCAUUCCUGAUGGAAGCUUACCAAACAUAAAUAUUCGAGCAGCUAUUUUGCAGAUUUUAACUGACUUUCCAAUUGAUAUAGAACAAAAUGAUAGAAGGGAUCAGCUAAAGAGAAGUGGCCUUGGAAAAGUCAUUUUGUUCUUAUCAAAAUCUGAUGAGGAAACCACUUCCAACAGGAAACUUGCUAAGGAAUUGGUUGAUAAAUGGAGUAGGCCAAUCUUUAAUAAGAGCACUAGGUUUGAAGACAUGAGGAAUGUUGAUGAUUAGAUUGAUAGAGUUCCAAUGCGAAGGCCACCCGUGAAGGGGCCUGCAAAUAGAGCUGAAUCAAUGGAAUCUAGAGAUGGUGAUUUUGAUUUGGAUAUUUCUCGAUCUGAAUCUUCUUCAAGGCUACAUGCUUCAUGGCCAGAUGCAACACCACCGGAUUUUGUUGUGCGUACCCAGUCUAAGAUUGACCCAGAUGAAAUUAGAGCUUGUGCAAAACAAGUUGUACAAGAUCAGCGUCGGUUGAAGAUGAAUAAGAAGUUGCAGCAGUUGAAAGUCCCCAAAAAGAAGCAACUGCAGGCGACCAAACUUAAUGUUGAGGGUCGUGGUAUGCUUAAGUAUCUGUAA